AGCCAUAUGGAACCCAUCACCAUUCUCAAGAACACCAUCGAUAGCAUUAGGGGCGGAGGUACAGGGGCCCGCGUUCAGCCACGAACCAGCGUACCGUGUGGAGUUCAGCAACGCAUCUGGGGGCAAAGCGGAUUGCCAAGGGCAGGGGAGCCCCCAUCCGCACGUAGAGUGGAUCAUGGCGGAUGGAUCACAUGUACAACAGAUCCCAGAACUGAGAUUGCUGUUUCCCAAUGGAUCGAUGGUAUUUCCUCCUUUUUCCAGCGAGAGGUAUCGGCACGACGUUCACUCUGCCACCUAUCGGUGUCGGUUGAGAAACAAUAUCGGCGUUGUGGUCAGCAGAGAAGUACAUGUCAAAGCUGAAUACUACAAAGUACACUCUGUAAGAAUUUGAAAACGCAGCCCAGUUCAUUUCAUAGGAAAAUUUAAGUAUCGCUCUGGAAUGCAGCACAGGAUGGAAGCGCCCAGGAGACAAUCUAAAUAAACUCGUAAAACCUCAGCAACAUCGGACAUUCACUGUAAACAGCUCAAUCUACCUACAAGACGGAUUUACGUCCAUCGUAUCUUUUCACCUAAUCAUUUGCUGGAGGCCUCAUUUGAUAUCGCAGAUUUUUUCAAAACCUGAUAUCCCACUCAUUUUAACGCUUUGGU